AUGUGUGAUUCUACUUACACUGAGCCUAAAAAAACUCAAUGGAACUUCAUUUCUGAGUUUAGUAGUGAUGUUCAACAGCCUUGGUUAAUUCUAGGUGAUUUGAAUUUUCAUUUAGAUAGUAAUAGUAAUAGUUCAGAUAAAUGGGUUCAAAAUAGAAUCAAUGAUGCAGGAUUGAUAGAUAUAGGCUAUGAAGGAAAAGAUUAUACCUGGACUAGUAACUCUUAUGGGACUGGUUCUAGGAAAGCUAGACUUGAUAUGGCCCUUAGCAAUAAUGACUGGACUUUCAGCUUUGCUACUGCAAAAAUUCUGCACUUAAACUUUGUUGCUUCCGACCACUGUCUUGUUUUACUUAUUACUGAUCCCAUCCCUAAGAACUUAUUGAAGCCUUUCAAAUUUUUCAGAACAUGGAUAGAACAUAGCAAUUUUAAGAAUACUAUUGAUCAGUCUUGGAAUGUUGAUGUUCAUGGUAGUCCUGCUUAUAAAUUGAGUCAAAAGCAACAUAGUUCUAGAAUUUCUUUGUCUCAGUGGAAUAGAAUGGAAUUUGGUGAUAUUCAGAAAAAUAUUAACAAUUUGCAAAAUGAAUUGCAAAUAGCUUAG